AUGGCGUACCACGACAUGAAUCUGUAUGCACUUGGACUCGAUCGUCGUCCAUCAAGUCGCCAAACAGAGCGCCAGCACGCUUCGCCUAUACAAAGUCCAUCAAUACGAGGAGCCAGUGGGAUGGGCAACUUGAAUUACUCUUCGAGCGGUCAUCGGCGAAUGACGAGCAAUAGACAAUUCAUUCAGUCGCCGGAAAACGCCACCUAUGAAGAUGGGGCUACACCGCAGGUGAUAUCUCCUCAAGUUGAAGCAGACGUCAACAACAUGUUGAGUCAAGCUUCGUAUGCAGAGCACCCGAGAGCAGACACAAUAUUGAGCAGUCAUUCACACCAUCAUGUACCGGACCGUCCUUUGACGCUUGCUAUGGGCUACUCUUCUCCAUGGAGUGGGUUGCGUACUGAGGAAGACUACAGAGCCCUGGUGGCGGAGACAUCUGAUGAGAUGUUUCAGACUAUGAUAGAUCAAAGCAUGUUGUUGAAUGUACCUAGCAACCCUCGCAGUCGUGGUACUGGUGGAACAAGGCGAUCAUUCUCUACUGUGCACUCGUCAUACACGACGUCUUCGGAUGACCGUAGUGAUAUGAAUCAUGAGCAAAUAGAGACAAGAAGAGGCGGACGAGAACAAGGUAUGAAGCUAGCAGAAGAUGGCGUGCUAAAUGUUCGCCAGGUGCGGGAUGUAGGUGCAUGUAUCAGGUGCAGGACGUUGAGAAUGAAGUGUUCAGAUGUAACGCCCUGCGGGACAUGUGUCGGCUUACAACACGGACGAAAAUGGGGUCCCUGUCUACGCUCUUUUAGCGAAAUGGCCUAUUUACUCAAACCUGACAUACUAGCAGAGCGAUUACACUUUCAUAAUAUGGCCGGAUGGAUAUCCGAGCAUACUCACUUCCCUCCCGGACAGGAGAACUUCGAGCUGCCAUUGUACUUUGGGUUUGGAAAAAUAUUUAAAGGCUUGUACGCAAUUGAAUAUGAUCCCACCACAAAUGAAGCACAACGCAGUCAUGCUGUCGGUCACGGUAAUCAACUCCGAAUUGACCAAGGCAUUCAUGUGUGUCCAGUCUACAAUUCCGCCGAGGAAGCUCAAAGAAUGAUAUGGGAUUGGUUGAAGCAGACACUUACCAGUGCACGAAGUAUGCGCGAAUGGUUAAAGAGGUGUUUCCCUGAUGAUGAAAUCGAAUGGAUCCAGAAACUGCUGCUAUCAACUUGGGAAUAUUCUAUUAAAUGCUGGCAGGAAAGCAGAAAUUCUCAGGUAGAAGAAGCCGAACUGGAUCACAACCUGUUAGAGGCGUGGAUGGCGGCCUUACUUGUCACGAUGCUCUCGUUGCCUGUCACUAUUCCAGAGCAGGUCGUCCACAACAUCGUCCCCCGCUUGAGGUUCAGAAACUACAAUUAUCCACUCCCGAAUAGCUCUCGUGCACUUACGAGAUGUGUGAAAGCUCUGUUAUUCGAUAUGUACCGGAAGUUUGUUGAUAGACUGACGUCUGCUCUGCGGGAUUUUGAGAAGCUUAAGCUCGAGGGGGUUUCUGACCGUCGCCUAGGUCACAUCUACUGCAUUGCAAUACUGGUUAUGGUGAUCACAUGCCAUAUUCAGACGUCGUUGAUGGAUAAUGGCUGGUUAUCCUCUAGGCAACUAGGUGUCGACCCGAACCUGUGGGAGGAGACUUUCGAGCGUAUACGAGACGUGGAAUGCGCAUUCAGGAACACUAUUAUGUUUGUUAAACAUAAUAACAAGAAGUGGCUCAGGAAAAAUCAAAUCUCGGAUGCAAAGUUACUUGUUCUCCGACAGGACAUUCGAGAAAUCGAGCGAACUUAUCAUGAUGCAAUUGAGAGGCAUCGCAAUGUCGACUUGGAAAAACUCAUGAAGUCCAGUGACCCGUUUCAUGGCUUCAACAUGCAACGCGUUUUUGAUUUCUACCUCGAGCAACUUGUCCGCAAGGAAACAUCGACAGGAGCUGAAUAG